CCGUUUACACCAUUUACAUGGGAAAAGAUAAGUAUGAAAAUGAAGACCUAAUAAAGUAUGGCUGGCCUGAAGAUAUCUGGUUUCAUGUGGAUAAACUCUCUUCUGCACAUGUGUACCUUCGGUUACACAAGGGGCAGACGGUGGAUGACAUUCCUAAAGAAGUUUUGAUAGACUGUGCCCAUCUCGUGAAGGCGAAUAGCAUCCAAGGUUGCAAGAUGAACAACGUCAAUGUGGUGUACACACCAUGGACUAAUCUGAAGAAGACAGCAGACAUGGAUGUGGGGCAGAUUGGCUUCCACAGGCAGAAAGAUGUGAAAAUGCUGACAGUGGAGAAGAAGGUCAAUGAGAUCUUGAACCGGCUAGAGAAGACAAAAGUGGAACGCUUUCCAGACCUGGCUGCUGAGAAGGAAGCCCGCGACAGAGAGGAGAGGAAUGAGAAGAAAGCCCAGAUCCAAGAGAUGAAGCGAAAGGAAAAGGAAGAGAUGAAGAAGAAGAAAGAGCUGGAAGAACUUAGGAGCUACUCAUCGUUAAUGAAGGCUGAGAACAUGUCCUCUAAUCAGGAUGGCAACGAUUCAGAUGACUUUAUGUAAAUAAAGUCUCUCUCCUUUCUCAAUCUUGAGGUGGUUUGGGAUGUCUUAAUAUGUCACCAUCGCUAGGAAUGCCAAAAAAAAACCCCAAAGUGAACUUUGACUCCAUUUCUUCAGAACCUGGUUGGUUCUCCUGGCAGCCUAACAAGCCCUGUGCCACGGACACCUUCGGAAAGGAGAUCGAUAUGUCUUCAUGUACAUCUGUCUUUCAGGGAUAUGGGCGGAAGGAAACAGCAUUGACUUUCAGUUCUACAAAGACGAUGGUAUUUAUUCUAGGGAAGGGGUUGUGUAGGUUUUAAUCCAGUGAGAUUUAAAGAAAAGGAAACAAAUCCAUAUUGUCUCACCACUGUCCUGGCA